GGCGCCACCACUCCGCAGUCGUCGGAGAGCGGCGCCCGGGUUCGCAGCUCCGCCUGGAGCUGAGCGCAGGAGUCCGCGCCGCGCAGCCCGGUCCGUCUAGUCCCGCGUCCUUCUAGUCCCGCGCCUCCCCUCCAUUCGCAAUGAGGGUCCUGGGUGGGCGCUGCGGGGCGCUGCUGGCGUGUCUUGCGCUAGUGCUUCCCGUGUCAGAGGCGAACUUUUUGUCAAAGCAGCAUGCUUCACAAGUCCUGGUUAGGAAACGCCGUGCAAAUUCUCUUCUUGAAGAAACCAAACAGGGUAACCUUGAAAGAGAAUGCAUUGAAGAACUAUGCAACAAAGAGGAAGCUAGGGAGAUCUUUGAGAAUUACCCUGAAACGGAUUACUUUUAUCCAAAAUACUUAGGUUGUCUUGGCUCUUUCCGAGCUGGAUUAUUCACUCCUGCACGUCAGUCAACCAAUGCGUACCCUGACCUGAGGAGCUGUGUCAAUGCCAUUCCAGACCAGUGUAUCCCUCUGCCAUGCAAUGAGAAUGGAUACCUGACCUGCAAAGACGGCCAGGCUACCUUCACUUGCAUUUGUAAAUCAGGUUGGCAUGGAGAGAGGUGUGAAUUUGAUAUAAAUGAAUGCAAAGAUCCCUUAAAUAUAAAUGGAGGUUGCAGCCAGAUUUGUGAUAAUACACUUGGAAGUUACCACUGUUCCUGUAAAAGUGGUUUUCUUAUGCUUUCAAAUAAAAAAGACUGUAAAGACAUAGAUGAAUGCUCUAUUAAGCCAAGCAUUUGUGGCACAGCUGUGUGCAAGAACAUCCCAGGAGACUUUGAAUGUGAAUGUCCUGAAGGCUACCGAUUUAACCUCAAGUCGAAGUCUUGUGAAGAUAUAGACGAAUGCUUCGAGAACAUGUGUGGCCAGCUUUGUAUAAAUUACCCUGGAGGUUACGAUUGUUUUUGUGAUGGAAAGAAAGGAUUCAAACUUGCCCAGGAUAAGAAGAGUUGUGAGGCUGUUCCAGUGUGCCUUCCCUUGAACCUUGACAAAAAUUAUGAAUUGCUUUACUUAGCAGAGCAGUUUGUGGGCGUCGUUUUAUACUUAAAAUUCCAUUUGCCAGAAAUCACCAGAUUUUCAGCUGAGUUUGACUUCCGGACCUACGAUUCAGAAGGCGUGAUCCUGUAUGCAGAGUCUCUCGAUCACUCGGAUUGGUUCCUGAUUGCACUUCGUGAGGGAAGGAUUGAGAUUCAGUUUAAGAAUGAGUAUACAACCAAAAUCACAAGUGGAGGCAAGAUUAUUAAUAAUGGCUUAUGGAAUAUGGUGUCUGUGGAAGAAUUAGAAAACAGUGUUAGUGUUAAAAUAGCUAAAGAAGCUGUGAUGAAUAUAAAUAAACGUGGAAGCCUUUUUAAGCCUACAAAUGGAUUUCUGGAAACCAAAGUAUACUUUGCAGGAUUUCCUCGGAAAAUGGAAAGUGCAUUUAUUAGACCGAUUAACCCUCGUCUAGAUGGAUGUAUACGAGGAUGGAAUUUGAUGAAUCAAGGAGCUUCAGGAGUAAAGGAAAUUAUUCAAGAGAAACAAAAUAAACAUUGCCUGGUCACUGUGGAGAAGGGCUCCUACUACCCCGGCUCUGGAGUUGCUCAAUUUAACAUAGAUUAUAAUAACAAAACCAAUGAGGAGGGUUGGCAAGUAAACCUGACCUUGCAUAUUCGCCCGUCUGCGGGCACCGGUGUUAUGCUUGCUCUGGUUUCUGGCAAUACCGUGCCCUUUGCCUUGUCCUUGGUGGAUUCCACCUCUGAGAAACUUCAGGAUGUUCUGGUAUCUGUUGAAAAUACGGUGAUAUCCCGGAUAGAGGCCAUAAAUCUGUGUUCCAGUCAACACUCGCAUCUGGAAUUCAGAGUCAACAGAGACCGUCUGGAGCUAUGGACUCCAUUUAAAGGAAAUAUCAUCUACUCUGAAGACCUUUCAACACAACUUGCCAUCUUAGACAAGGCAAUGAAAGGGACGGUGACCACGUACCUGGGUGGCACUCCAGAUGUUCCUUUCAAUGCCACACCUAUAAAUGCCUUUUAUAGUGGCUGCAUGGAAAUGAAUAUUAACGGCGUACAGUUGGAUCUGGAUGAAGCCAUUUCUAAACAUAAUGACAUUAGAAGUCACUCGUGUCCAUCAGUUUGGGAAGCCCCAACGAGUUCUUAAGACAGCUUUUCUCUGCUGAAAGAUCUUUUUUUCCUGUGUGUAAUUAUAUUUACUUUUCAAUAACAGCUGAAGGAUUUUACAUGUGAUGUGUAGUCUUUGAUUAUUUUGUGGUACUUUGGCCUUCUGGAAUGUUUAAAAGAUCCUUUUUCAAGGAAAAAAGUCCAUUUUGAUACAAAUCACAUUUAAAAAUUCUUACCUCUGUUGUCUAGAAAUUAAAUCAUGAAACAUAUGAAAAUUGUAAAUUUUAAUUUUUUGCUACAAAUGACAUUGUUUUGAUUUCUGUUUGUAAAAGUAAAAAUUAAUUUUGUAAUUGUAAUCAUGAACUAGUGUUUAAAUAUGUUUGCCUUUUCUCAGAAAGCAAAGAAUUAAACCUAAACAAAAGUGCAUAUAGUUAAAUGCUAUUCAUUAUAGACAGAUACUAUUGGUUUGUUAAUUUGCUUUUUAUUUUUUCCUGAUGUAGGCGAAAGUGAAGAUGGCUUAUUAUAUAUGUAUUGAAUGGGAGGUCUUAAAGCUUUAUUCGAAAAUAAUUCCUCAGGGCCAUCAUCUAAGGCUUCAUCUUGCUCUUACCUAGCUUCACCUUUGAAUCAGUGUCUUACCUGACUCAGAAAAGAAGUGGGACAGAUGGUUAUGGUCAUGAGAGCAACACCCAAAUCUUACUUCUUGAAAACUGGCAUCUUUCAGGAUGAAACAUUUGACUAUGUUUGAAUGGGUGUGGAAACCUGGGGAGGGUUUUCUUUAAAUUUGUCUGUGUGGGUCUUGCAAGCUCUGGAUUAGAAAAUGCAGCAUUUCGUGGUGGAAAAGAGAAUGAAUAAAUGUAGAAGUUCAUAGUUUUCCCUGUGUUGUCAGAGUGGGAUCAUGGAAAGAUAAAAGGAACUUUGAAAUCUAAAGCAGAUUUUAACAAAAGGGUAAUACCAAAGGGACGACAUCAAUAUUGUGUCUUUGUAAUUAAAGUAAGAAGGUAAGAUUGCUGGUGAUGCACCUCAGGUGAGCGUUGUUUGACUCCCGAACCUCACUCCAGGUGUGUAUCAGCUGUCUCACAGUUUUAAAAAAUGAACUUUUUUUUUUCCACUAUAGAUACUUUUUAUUCCAUAAAACACAAUAAACUGUCAUAUACUCUUAAAAAAUA